GUUAAUUUUCUGAAGUAGAACUUUGCCUGUGUGUGUGUUCUAACUUGUCUCUGUCCACAGGAAUUGCUGUAACUGUAGAGUGAACCUGAAUUACGAUGGGGGACGACAGUGAGUGGAUGAAACUGCCCAUCGACCAGAAGUGUGAACACAAGCUGUGGAAAGCCAGAUUAAAUGGCUACGAAGAAGCCCUUAAGCUCUUCCAGAAGAUAGAUGAUGAGAAGAGUCCUGAAUGGUCCAAAUACCUUGGAUUAAUAAAGAAAUUUGUGACGGACUCCAAUGCAGUGGCACAACUGAAAGGACUGGAAGCAGCACUUGCUUAUGUUGAAAAUGCUCAUGUAGCUGGGAAGACAACGGGAGAAGUAGCUUCUGGAGUUGUAAAUAAAGUAUUCAAUCAGCCAAAAGCCAGAGCAAAGGAGCUGGGUAUAGAUAUCUGUCUUAUGUACAUAGAAAUUGAGAAAGGGGAGGCAGUACAAGAAGAAUUGCUAAAGGGUCUCGACAACAAAAACCCAAAAAUCAUAGUUGCAUGUAUAGAGACACUGAGGAAAGCACUAAGUGAAUUUGGUUCAAAAAUAAUCUCACUGAAGCCAAUCAUUAAAGUAUUGCCAAAACUGUUUGAGUCUCGGGAAAAGGCCGUUCGAGAUGAAGCCAAACUCCUUGCUGUGGAGAUCUACCGUUGGAUCAGGGAUGCUCUGAGACCUCCAUUGCAGAAUAUAAAUUCUGUUCAGCUAAAGGAACUGGAAGAAGAGUGGGUCAAAGUGUCAUCAGCUGCUCCUAAGCAGACCAGGUUCCUGCGUUCCCAACAGGAGCUGAAAGCAAAAUUUGAGCAGCAGCAGGCAGCUGGAGGAGAUGGAGAUGGAGGAGAUGAUGAUGAGGAAGAAGCAGUACCACAAGUAGAUGCAUAUGAGUUGCUUGAAGCUGUAGAAAUUCUUUCAAAGCUUCCGAAGGAUUUCUAUGAGAAAAUAGAAGCAAAAAAAUGGCAGGAAAGGAAAGAAGCCUUAGAAGCUGUGGAAGUGCUCGUGAAAAAUCCUAAGUUAGAAUCAGGAGACUAUGCAGACUUGGUGAAAGUUCUCAAAAAGGUUGUUGGAAAGGAUACAAAUGUUAUGCUGGUUGCUUUAGCUGCCAAAUGCCUUGCUGGACUGGCUUCUGGCCUCCGAAAGAAAUUUGGACAAUAUGCAGGACAUGUUGUUCCAACAAUCUUAGAGAAAUUCAAAGAGAAGAAACCUCAGGUAGUUCAAGCACUGCAGGAAGCCAUUGAUGCAAUCUUUCUUACUACCACAUUGCAGAACAUAAGUGAAGAUGUGUUGGCAGUGAUGGACAACAAAAAUCCAACAAUUAAGCAGCAGACAUCCCUUUUCAUUGCAAGAAGCUUUCGUCACUGCACACCUUCUACUCUACCAAAAAGUCUGUUGAAACCUUUCUGUGCUGCACUUCUCAAGCAUAUCAAUGAUUCUGCUCCUGAAGUAAGAGAUGCUGGUUUUGAAGCAUUAGGCACUGCAUUGAAGGUUGCUGGAGAGAAAGCUGUGAAUCCUUUUCUAGCAGACGUUGACAAACUAAAGCUUGAUCGGAUUAAAGAGUGUGCAGAGAAGGUAGAACUGGUUUAUGGUAAAAAGACUGGAGCUGCUGAGAAGAAAGAAGGCAAGCCUGUUGCUGGAAAGACACCUGCUCUUUCAGGCACUGCUGGAGAUAAAGAAAUAAAAGAUGCAGCAUCCAAGCCAGGACCACAGAAAAAAGCACCUGCUGUGAAACCUGGGGGCCCACCUAAGAAAAGCAAACCAGCUGCAGCUGCGGGUACAGGAGGUGCUGGAGCUAAAGGCAAGAAGGGUCCUGAGACCAAAGAGAUAUUUGAAUCUGAGCUCUCAAUAGAAGUUUGUGAGGAGAAAGCUGCUGCUGUCCUUCCAGCUUCUUGUAUCCAGCAGCUGGACAGUGGUAACUGGAAAGAGAGACUUGCCUCCAUGGAAGAGUUUCAGAAGGCUGUUGAGCUUAUGGAGAGAAGUGAAAUGCCUUGCCAAGCUCUAGUAAGAAUGCUGGCCAAGAAACCUGGUUGGAAGGAAACAAACUUUCAGGUGAUGCAGAUGAAACUGCAUAUAGUUGCAUUGAUUGCACAGAAAGGAAACUUCUCCAAGACUUCAGCACAGGUUGUAUUGGAUGGUCUUGUAGACAAGGUUGGUGAUGUGAAGUGUGGGAGCAAUGCAAAAGAAGCCAUGACAGCAAUAGCUGAGGCAUGCCAGCUGCCAUGGACUGCUGAGCAGGUUGUGGCUAUGGCUUUCUCUCAAAAGAACCCUAAAAACCAGUCGGAAACUUUGAACUGGCUCUCAAAUGCAAUUAAAGAGUUUGGCUUUUCUGGGCUGAAUGUCAAAGCUUUCAUCAGUAAUGUGAAGACAGCUCUUGCUGCAACUAACCCAGCUGUAAGGACUUCUGCCAUUACCUUGCUGGGAGUCAUGUAUCUUUAUGUGGGACCACCUUUGCGAAUGUUUUUUGAGGAUGAGAAGCCAGCCCUUCUCUCUCAGAUCGAUGCAGAAUUUGAAAAGAUGCAAGGACAGACAGCACCAGCCCCAACUCGUGGCAUUUCCAGGCACAGUGGAGGAAGUGGGGAUGAUGGUGAGGAAGAGGAACAGGAAGAUGUUGGGAAUGAUGUUGUGGACCUUCUGCCAAGAACAGAUAUUGGUGAUAAGAUCACAGCUGAGCUAGUGGCUAAGAUUGGGGACAAAAACUGGAAGAUCAGAAAAGAAGGUCUAGAUGAAGUGGCAAGCAUUAUUAAUGAUGCCAAGUUCAUACAGCCCAACAUAGGAGAACUUCCUGCUGCUUUGAAGAGUCGUCUGAAUGACUCCAAUAAAAUCUUGGUGCAACAAACGCUGAGCAUUCUUCAGCAGUUGGCAACAGCAAUGGGCCCCAAUAUCAAACAGCAUGUGAAAAAUUUGGGCAUUCCUGUCAUUACAGUCCUUGGGGACAGUAAGAAUAACGUUCGUGCUGCUGCACUAGCAACUGUGAAUGCCUGGGCUGAACAAACUGGCAUGAAAGAGUGGCUGGAAGGAGAAGACCUAUCUGAGGAGCUCAAAAAAGAAAAUCCUUUCCUAAGACAAGAGCUUCUUGGUUGGUUGGCUGACAAGUUGCCUACCCUCCGCUCUGUUCCUUCUGACCUGCUCUUAUGUGUGCCUCACCUCUACUCCUGCCUUGAAGAUCGAAAUGGGGAUGUGCGUAAAAAGGCUCAGGAUGCCCUGCCAUUCUUUAUGAUGCAUCUUGGCUUUGAGAAGAUGGCAAAAGCCACCGGCAAGCUGAAGCCUACUUCCAAAGACCAGGUACUGGCCAUGCUUGAAAAAGCCAAAGCCAACAUGCCAGCCAAACCGGCUCCGCCUGCUAAAGCAUCCUCCAGAGUGGGAGGCGGAGCAGCUCCGGCCAAAUUCCAAACUGCAUCAGCUCUUGCUGAAGAUUCAGGGUCAAAUACCAUGGAAUCCAAGCCUGAUCCCAAAAAAGCCAAAGUAGGAGGAGCUUCCUCUAAAACUAAGGUAAUUAUUCUAUUUUGUGUGAUAUUAAUUCAAUUACAUGAACAGAUUGAAUAAUGUUUUAUGGGUAAA